AAAAGAGGACUACCUGGGCAACGGGCCUAAUCUGAGAGCCCGGGACCUGCGGGGUGGCGGGAGGCUACCACAACAGACCGCGGCCUCCACGUUCUUCUUCGGACGCGCAGUGAUUGCGUCACCUUCCCCCGCCGCCGCCGUGGUUUCCCUGGAGACCGGCGCGCGCUCAGCGCGGAGGCGAGGAAGAUGCUGGCUAAGCGGCAGCGCAAUCCUCUGCAGGCCCUGCAGCGCCGCAGUCAGGAAUUGAAGCUACAGGUUGAUAGCUUGCUUUCUGAGAGUCGAUUGAAAGGAGCUCUAGAUGCCAGUAAAAGGAGAGAUAUUUAUCAAAGAUGUAUCCAGUUAAAACAGGCAAUAGAUGAAAAUAAAAAUGCUCUUCAAAAAUUAAACAAAGCUGAUGAACCUGCACCUGUCGGGAACUAUAACCAGAAAAAAGAGGAGGAGCACAGUCUUUUGGAUAAGCUUACCCACCAACUGCAGGAACUCGCCGUGUCCAUAAGUAGAGAAAAUACAACUGAAAUCGGGGCACCUACCGAAAGAGAGGAAGAUGACGAUUCUGCUGAUGAAGAUGAAGAAGCUGAAGAAGAAGACGAUGACGAUGAAGAAGAAGAGAGUGAAGAAAGUGGUGGGGAGGAGGAAGAGACAGAAGAGGAAGAGAAGCAGGAAAAUGAAUCCCACCACCAGGCAGCAAGUCAAGAAUACGUUGCCGUUGGAGAUUUUACUGCUCAGCAAGCUGGGGAUCUUACAUUUAAGAAAGGGGAAAUUCUCCUUAUAAUUGAAAAAAAACCUGAUGGUUGGUGGAUAGCUAAGAAUGCCAAAGGAAACAAAGGUCUCAUUCCCAGAACCUACGUGGAGGCCUAUAAUAAAGAAGAAGGCCAAGACUCAAGUGAAGAAGGCAGUGAAGAAGAAGACGUAGAGGUGGGGGACCAAACAGCAGAAGGGGAAGAAGUUAAACAAAGAACUGAUUCUCACUGGAGUGCUGUCCGAAAAGCUAUCUCAGAGCAGAUCAACACUGUCGAUGUGUUGACCACAAUGGGAGCUAUUCCUGCAGGGUUCAGGCCUUCCACGCUCUUCCAGCUUCUGGAGGAAGGGAAUCAAUUUCGAGCAAGUUACUUCUUACAGCCAAAGCUCACUCCUUCACAACUGGCCUUCAGCGAUCUACUGUGGGAUGCUAAAACAGGCACUAUUAGGUCAAGACCAAGUCGUGUUUCAUUCAUUCUGACCCUCUGGAGCUGUAAAAUGAUUCCUCUUCCAGGAAUGAGCAUCCAGGUUCUCAGUAGACACGUACGCCUCUGUCUAUUUGAUGGUAAUAAGGUUCUGAGCAACAUUCAUACAGUCAGAGCUACGUGGCAACCUAAAAAGCCCAAAACAUGGACCUUUUCUCCCCAGGUUACUGGCAUCUUGCCCUGCUUGCUCGAUGGUGACUGUUUUAUCAGAUCCAAUUCUUCCUCUCCAGAUCUUGGACUAUUAUUUGAACUUGGAAUUUCUUAUAUUCGCAAUUCAACCGGUGAAAGAGGAGAAUUAAGUUGUGGCUGGGUGUUUCUUAAACUUUUCGAUGCCAGUGGAAUUCCUAUUCCAGCAAAAACGUAUGAGCUCUUCUUGAAUGGUGGCACCCCUUAUGAGAAAGGUGUUGAAGUGGACCCUUCGGUAUCCAGAAGAGCACACGGGAGUGUUUUCCAUCAGAUGAUGACAAUGAGAAGGCAGCCUCAACUCCUAGUAAAACUGAGGUCUUUGAACAGAAGAUCAAGAGACUUGCUGAGUUUACUGCCAGAAACAUUAAUUGGAAGUAUGUGUUCCAUUCACUUGUUGAUAUUUUAUCGCCAAAUUCUCGGAGAUGUACUCCUGAAAGACAGGAUGAGCACGCAAAGCACUGAUUUAGUUAGUAACCUAGUGUUGGCCACCUUCCCCCAGCUCUUGGAGCAGCCUGACAUGAUGGACGCUCUCAGGAGUUCAUGGGCUGAGAAAGAAAGCACAUUAAAAAGAUCAGAGAAGAGAGACAAAGAGUUCCUGAAGGCCACGUUUCUCCUGGUUUACCAUGACUGUGUGGUCCCUCUUCUGCAUUCCACACUCCUUCCCCCGUUCAGGUGGGCAGAAGAGGAGACAGAGGCUGCCCGGUGGAAGUUUAUUGCUGACUUCCUUAAGCAAAACCAAGAAAACGAGGGUGCACUCCAAGCUCUGCUGUCGCCAGAUGGAGUCCAUGAACCUUUCGACAUUUCAGAGCAGACCUAUGACUUCUUGGGUGAAAUAAGAAAGAAUGCAGCCUGACAGUGGUGGCCCUUGACCCUCAGCUUCCCACUUAAUCUGAUGGACCCUCCUCGAUGACCUGAAUAAAAUGACAGAAC